AUGGUUGUCCUCGCUAGUCCUUCCACAAGCGCCAGGUGCAGCAUGAGUGCUGAAAAGCCCAUUUGUCUUCCAUAUGGAACACAAGACUUACCUCUCCUUUCAAAAGAGGGUGAUAUCACGAUAGGAGCCAUUUUCUCAUUUAAUAAAAAUCCGGAUAUUGUGAAUCCAACAUAUCUCUACAACCCAGGACGCAUCAAAUGUGAAGGGUUAAAUCCUGGGGAAUUACAAUAUGCUCAGACUAUGAUCUUUGCCAUUGAAGAAAUAAAUAACAGUACAGACCUUCUUCCUGAUGUUUCCCUGGGCUAUAAGAUAUAUGAUUCCUGUCGCUCUGUACUACUGUCUAUAAAGGCCUCUUUGGCUCUAAUGAAUGGGCAAACAAAAGGAUUUCUCUCAGAACAGUCCUGUACCAAACCCUCAACUGUUUGUGCUCUCAUAGGAGACUCUAACUCCACACCGACCAUUGGAAUAGCAACCACUGUGGGCCCUUUUCAAAUACCACUGAUCAGUCAUUUGGCUACCUGUGCCUGUCUGAGUAACAGAAGGGAGUUUCCCACUUUCUUCAGGACAAUUCCUAGUGAUUAUUACCAAAGCAGAGCCCUGGCAAAGCUUGUGAAGCACUUUGGAUGGACUUGGGUUGGAGCCAUUAGAAGUAAUGAUGCCUAUGGCAACAAUGGGAUGGCUACAUUUGUGGAAGCUGCCCAGAGAGAGGGGAUUUGUAUUGAAUAUUCAGAGGCCAUUUACAGAACCGAUCCCAGAGAAAAACUCCUGAAAGUUGUAGACACUAUUAAAAAAUCUACUUCGAAAGUAAUUGUUGCUUUUGCAGCUGAUACGGACAUGGAUUUAUUAAUAAAAGAAUUAUACAUUCAGAACAUUACGGGUUUCCAGUGGGUGGGCAGUGAAGGAUGGAUAACAUAUGGAUACCUUGCUUCAUCUGAAGGCUAUAAAGUCCUGGGUGGGGCCAUUGGCUUCGCAAUUCCAAAUGCUGAAAUAGCAGGACUGAAAGAAUUUAUUCUAAAUGCUCGUCCAUCAAACACACCUGGAAACAGCAGCUUACAACAGUUUUGGAAGAGUUUUUUCAAUUGUAGCCUAACUGAUGCAAACACUGAGCCAUGUCCAGGAAAAGAGUUUUUGAAAGUGAUUAGCGACCAAUACACAGACGUGUCAGACAUGAGAAUAUUAAGUAAUGUGUACAAAGCAGUGUAUGCUGUGGCCCAUUCACUGCACAAUCUGUUACAAUGCAAAAAUGGACAAGGACCUUUUUAUAAUAAAACGUGUGCAAAGAAAGAUAAAAUAGAACCUUGGCAGGUGCUACAUUACUUAAAAAGAAUUAAUUUCACAAUAUGGAACACAGAGAAUGUCUAUUUUGAUGAAAAUGGAGAGCCAGCAGCACGAUACUCAUUAGUAAAUUGGCAGAUGGACAAGAAGGGAAUCACAACAUUUCAAAUAAUUGGUCUGUAUGAUGCCUCUUUACCAGAAAGGCAACAGUUUCUAAUGAAUGGUGUCAGUGCUGUCUGGGCAGGCGAUCAGGAUAAGGUGCCAAAGUCAGUCUGCAGUGAGAGCUGCCUUCCAGGUACUCGUAAGGCCAUUGAGAAAGGGAAGCCAGUCUGCUGCUUUGUCUGCAUCCCCUGUGCAGAGGGGGAGUUCAGUAAUAAUACAGAUUCAGUGGAGUGUGCCAAGUGCCCUUUGGAAUACAAAUCUAAUGAACAAAGGAACAAGUGUAUCUUGAAAAGCAUUGAGUUUCUGUCAUUUGGAGAUUUGAUGGGCAUACUUCUAACAGCAUUUUCUGUGCUUGGAAUUGUCCUAACCAUGGUAACAGCUUUUAUUUUUUUCCAGUACAGAUCUACUCCAAUAGUAAGAGCCAAUAACUCUGAACUGAGUUUCCUUCUGCUGGUUUCAUUGACACUGUGUUUCCUCUGUUCACUUACUUUCAUUGGCCAGCCCUCUGAUUGGUCCUGUAUGUUUCGCCACACAGCAUUUGGGAUCACAUUUGUCCUGUGCAUCUCCUGUGUUCUGGGGAAAACAAUAGUGGUGUUAAUGGCCUUUAGGGCUACACUGCCAGGCAAUAAUAUCAUGAAAUGGUUUAGGCCAACACAACAGCGGUUAAGUGUUCUUGCUUUCACACUUGUACAGGUCUUGAUAUGUACUCUUUGGUUGACAAUAUCACCUCCCUUUCCUUACAAGAAUACAAAAUACUACAAAGAAAAAAUAAUUCUGGAGUGUGAUAUAGGAUCACUAGCAGGAUUUUGUGCCGUAUUAGGGUAUAUAGGAUUCCUUUCUGCAAUGUGCUUUAUGCUCGCUUUCCUGGCUCGGAAGCUGCCUGAUAACUUCAAUGAAGCCAAAUUCAUUACAUUCAGCAUGCUCAUAUUCUGUGCAGUCUGGAUCGCCUUUAUUCCAGCUUAUAUCAGCUCCCCUGGGAAGUUCACAGUAGCUGUGGAAAUAUUUGCUAUUUUAGCUUCAAGUUAUGGGUUACUUUCAUGUAUUUUUAUGCCAAAAUGUUACAUAAUUUUAUUAAAACCUGAAAAAAAUAGCAAAAAACAUUUAAUGGGUAAAAUCCCCACAAAUCUUGUCUCGUAA